AUGAAGAAACAAGCAGAGUUAAUGAGAAGGCUUGGAGAUGGAGAAGAAGGUGGUUAUGAUGCUAUUGUCGUGGGGUCUGGAUAUGGUGGUUCUGUUGCUGCUUGUCGGAUGUCAAUGGCGGGAAUAAAGGUAUGUUUGAUUGAGAAAGGCCGGAGAUGGGAAGCUCAGGAUUUUCCAACUGACAGCUUGAAGAUCAUGUCUGCUGUGAGGAUGGAGAACCAGAACUUAGGUGUCAGCUUUGGCCCAAAAGAUGCUUUAUUCCAGGUACAUGAACAAAAUGAUUCUCUAGCAGCAGUGGCAUGCGGGCUUGGUGGAGGUUCACUUGUGAAUGCAGGAGUGACGGUGCCAACCCCAGUUCGAGCCAGAAGGAAUCCGAAGUGGCCAAAGGAAUGGGAAAGGGAUUGGGAAAAUUGUGAAGCUUCUGCCGCAGCCAUGCUGAGAAUACAAAGUGUUCCUGUCAAGUUUCCUGUUGCCAAAGUCUUGGGAGAAAUAUUAGCCGAUGGACAGAUUGAAAAAAGUUUUGAGACGUCUUCAUUGCAGCUAAGCAUGAAUUUUGGUCUUGAAGAGCCUCAAAGCAAUAUUAAUCCCUGCUUAGCCUGUGGAAACUGUCUUGCUGGAUGUCCUUAUAAUGCCAAAAGUUCUACUGACAAAAACUAUUUAGUUUCGGCAAUCCAGGCAUUAUUUUCUAGCUAUCAUUUAAUUUGUUUAUAUUAA